ACUCCCCUCCACUUCCUGUUUUGGCUGCCGGAGCAACAACGUGGAUCCAGUGAGAUUUCACCGGCGUGGAACAGUGUUGUGAGUGGCCGGAGCCUUGGUCGCUUUUCACAAUGCAAGUGUCCAGUGUAAAUGAUGUUAAGAUUUACAAUUUAAGCCACGGAAAGUCCCUCCCAGAGUGGCUCUCAGAUCGGAAGAAAAGACAGCUACAAAAGCAAGAUGUCGACAUACUGCGGAGGAUUGAGCUCAUUCAGGAUUUUGAGAUGCCCACUGUGUGCACCUCCAUCAAAGUGUCCAGGGAUGGUCAGUUCAUCCUUGCAGCAGGCACCUACAAACCCAGGGUUCGCUGUUAUGACACCUAUCAGCUGUCCCUGAAGUUUGAGCGAUGUCUGGAUUCAGACGUCGUGGCAUUUGACAUCCUGUCUGAUGACUAUUCCAAGUUGGUGUUUCUGCACUGCGACCGCUACGUAGAGUUCCACUCCCAACACGGACACUAUUUCAAGACCCGUAUCCCAAAGUUUGGACGAGACUUCUCGUACCACUACCCCUCCUGUGACCUCUAUUUUGUGGGGACAAGUUCAGAGGUGUUCAGGCUGAACCUGGAACAAGGCCGCUUCCUCAACUCACUUCAGACUGAUGCUGUUGAGAAUAAUGUGUGUGACAUCAACCCCGUCCAUCAUUUGUUUGCCACAGGGACCUCUGAGGGACGAGUAGAAUGCUGGGACCCUCGUGUCCGGAACCGAGUGGGCCUGCUGGACUGUGCCCUGAGCAGCCUCACUGAAGGAACAGAAGUUCAAGGUUUGCCUUCAAUCAGUGCACUGAAGUUUAACUGCUCCCUCACCAUGGCGGUAGGCACCAGCACAGGGCAGGUGCUGCUGUAUGACCUGCGUUCCAGCCGGCCGCUCCUGGUUAAAGACCACUUCUACAACCUGCCAAUCAAGUCUCUCAACUUCCACAAACAGCUGGACCUGGUUGUGUCUUCGGACUCUAAGAUAAUAAAGAUGUGGAACAAAGACACUGGCAAGUUGUUCUCCUCCAUACAGCCUCAGACCAACAUCAAUGAUGUCUGCAUGUACCCUAAUUCAGGUAUGCUCUUCACUGCCAACGAAGAUCCAAAGAUGAACACGUUCUACAUCCCGGCUCUGGGCCCGGCGCCUCGCUGGUGCUCCUUCCUUGACAACCUAACAGAGGAGCUGGAGGAGAGUCCAGAGAGCACAGUGUACGACGACUACAAGUUUGUCACCCGGAAGGACCUUGAAAAUCUGGGUUUGUCUCACUUGGUGGGAUCAUCCUUGCUGAGAGCCUACAUGCAUGGCUUUUUCAUGGACAUAAGGCUUUAUCACAAGGUGAAAAGCAUGGCGAAUCCGUUUGCAUACGAAGAGUAUCGCAAGGAUAAGAUCCGCCAGAAGAUCGAGGAGUCCAGAACCCAGAGGGUGCAAGUUAAGAAGCUGCCUCAGGUAAACAAGGACCUGGCCCUCAAGCUGAUGGAGGAGGGUGAUGAUGAAGCAGAAGUGGCUUCUCGGAAAAAGAAGGGCAAGGCUCUCCCCAGCAUCCUGGGAGACGAUCGUUUCAAGGUGAUGUUUGAAAACCCAGACUACCAGGUGGACGAGCAGAGCGAGGAGUUCCGCCUGCUCAACCCCAUAGUCUCCAAGGUUGGACAGAAAAGGAAAAAGAAGCUGCGUCUACUGGCUCAGCAGGCUGCCGCUUCCCAACAGGCGCCUGAAGACGAGGAAGAGCCAGAGGGACGAGCCAGCUCCGAGGAGGAGAGCUCAGACGACGACAAGAGCUGGGUAGAGGAGGUGAGGGAGCAGCGGCGGCUGCUGCGCCAGGAGGACCGAGACCGCCGGCGGCAGGAGAGGAAGGACGCAGACCGCAACACUGUCCUGCUGGAGAGGGAACAGAACGGAUCAGAGGAAACCUCAAACGUGGCUGAGAGCAAGAAGACGAGUCAGCCUCAGUUCUAUCAGAUCAAAGCCGGAGAGGAGUUCAGAAGCUUUAAUGACAUGGCCCGCAAGCAGAAACUGCAGAAGGCUUCUCUGGAGGAGCGCCUGAAGUUGGAGGAGCAGUCUGGAGCCAGCAGCAUGGUGGACAGUGCAGUCGGCAGCAAACAGCUCACCUUCACUCUCAGAAAGUCGGAGCAGCAGAAGAAGCAGCAGCAGGCAGAGAAGGAGCACCACGAGGAGAGGAAGAAGCUGAGGCGCUCGGCCGGACAUUUGAGCAGCGCCCGAGGGAGAGGCUGGGGCAGAGGAAGAGGAAGAGGAAGAGGCCGCCGCUGAGGCGGACAGAUCAAUACUUCACAUCAGAGUCAUGUAUUUCUUCCCAUCAACUCAGGCCUGGCAGUUGCCUUCAAGAGUAGAAAAACAUGUUGUCAGUGUACUGAUUCCAAGUCUCCAAGCUGUGGUGGUAAUGUUGCACAACUGGAAAAGGCAGAGACUGAUGAACAGACUAGUCUGAUAUAAUGCCAGGCCAGUAUCCACAAGUACCUUGACUGCUUAGAUUUUAUCUGGGGGUGGCCCCAGUAAGAAUUAGACAUGAAGAGCUUGAAGGACUUGACAUGACUUGCCUUGUCUCUGGUGUCUCGUUUCUUCUAAAGUCUCUUCAGCUGGGCCUGUUUCAGAUAAUGGGAGGGAGGAAAUGAUUGCGUGUGUAACAAAUGUUAAGAUUUUUUAAUGCUAUCUGAUCUUACUGUAUAUUGUUAAGCCAAAUCUGGAUUAACAAACCGUGUAUUAUAUUUGAUACAACA